ACGCGUUACAGUACAGUUGAUAAAGCGAAAUGAAAAAAAUUAAAAAAUAGUGAAAAAUAUUCCAUUAAUAAUUGCAGCGGCAAAAUUAACGCGAAAAAAAAAAUUACUUUUUUUCGGUUUAUUGCAAACUCUCUUGUUUACAUCGUUUUUUUACGACAUUAAUAUAUCCAAGCAUACAGAAACAUACUUAUAUACAUUGGAUUUAACAGAAAAAAAAAUAAAUUUUAAAAAUGUUAACAUUUUUGUUAGUGAUUUUUUUAACAGGACUUUAUUUUUAUAUUAAAAGUAUUUAUACAUAUUGGCCUCGUAAUGGUUUUGAUGAUAUUGAUGCAACAUUUCCAUUUGGUAACUUAGAUUCAGUACGAAAAGGUUUAAAAUCUUUUGGUUGUGCCAUUCAAGAUUUAUACAAUGCUACAUCAAGUCCAAUUGUUGGAAUUUACUUAUUUUUUCGUCCAGCACUUUUAAUACGUGAUUCGGAAAUUGUUAAAAAUAUUUUUACUAAAGACUUUAAUAAUUUUCAUGAUCGUGGAAUUUAUGUUGAUGAAAAUGAUCAAUUAUCAGAAAGUUUAUUUGCAUUAGAAGGAACUAAAUGGAAAGCAUUACGUUCUAAAUUGGCACCAUCAUUUUCAUCUGGUAAAAUUAAGGGUAUGUUUUUAGCUAGUGAAAUGGUUGGUAAACAAAUGGAAAUCUAUUUAAAUUCAAUAAUACCAGAUGAUAAAAAUGAAAAGAAAGUAAUUGAUGUUAAAGAUGUAACAUACAGAUAUGCUGCUGACAUAAUUGCAUCAACUAUAUUUGGUAUUGAAACGAAUAGUUUUAAAGAUAAAACAAAUGAAUUUUUUAUGAUUAAGGAUAAAAUAAAUGAAAAUACAUUUUUCAACAAAUUAUUAGGUAUGGCACUAUUCCUAUGUCCUCAAAUUGUAAAAUUCAUACCAAAAUUCAUUAUUAAUUCAAAUCCCGCACGCAAAUUUAUGGUUAAAAUUGUUAAGGAAACAAUUGAUUUUCGAGAAAAAAAUAAUUUUGUAAGAAAAGAUUUGAUGCAAUCUCUAAUACAAUUACGUAAUACUGGAAAAAUUAAUAUUGAUGAUAAUAUAUGGGAUGUGGAAACUGCAGCUGAAAAUCUCAAAUCAAUGACAAUAGAACAAUGUGCAGCGCAAGCAUUUUUAUUUUAUAUUGCGGGUUUGGAAACAAGUGCCAGUACAUUGGCAUUUUUAUUAUAUGAAUUGGCUCAAAAUGAAGAAAUUUACUUGAAAUUAGAAAAAAAUAUCAAUGAAACUCUAGAGAAACAUAAUGGACAAAUUACAUAUGAUUCAAUACAAGAAAUGUCAUAUUUAGAACUAUGUAUUAACGAAACCAUGAGAAAAUAUCCUGGUUUACCGGUUUUGAAUAGGAUAUGUACUGAAGAUUAUAAAAUUGAAACAGAAAAUGUAAUAAUAAAAAAAGGAACUCCUAUUAUAAUAUCACUAUUGGGAAUGCAUAGAGAUGAAACAUAUUUUCCAGAACCAUUAAAAUUUCUUCCGGAACGUUUCCUAGAAGAUCAAAAAAAUUAUAAUGAAUCAGCUUAUAUGCCAUUUGGUGAUGGUCCAAGACAUUGUAUUGCAAUAAGAUUGGGCAAAAUAAACGUUAAAUUGGGCGCAGUGAUGAUUCUAAGAAAAUUCAAUAUUGAAGCAAUAGAAAAAAAAGAAAUCGAAUUUGAUAAUUAUUCUGUAGCGUUAAUGCCAAAAGGUGGAAUUAAUUUAAAACUUUCAAAGAAAUAAAAAUUUUGCAAGAAAAAAAAACUUUUAUUUUAAAAUGAAAA